GCUGUGUCAGCCGCAGUUAGUAAUUGAACGUUUUAUUACAGUAGAAUUACAAUAGAAGUGGUGGUUAUAUGUACGAUUUUUUUUUUGACAAAGUAUUAAAAUUUCGUGAGAGUUAAAAUGCCUACCGAAUAUAAAUGCAAAGGUAGUGUUUGUCGAGGGGAAUGGUCAGAACAAGAUUUACAACAAGCUAUAGAGGCUGUACAAGAAGGUAGAGUAGGUGUUCGAGAAGCCGUUCGUUCCUUUGGUGUGCCAUACACAACACUUCGACGACGCUUGAGAAGUGGCAAUCAUAGAAAGCUUCCGUUGGGACCAUUAUCUACUUUAGGACAAGAAAACGAAGUUAAAUUGGUCAAUCAUAUUAAAAAACUUUAAAAGUUUGGAUUUUCGCCAUCACGAACAACUGUACGCUCUAUGGCAUUUGAAUUAGCCCAGAAAUUAAAUCUCCCACAUAAAUUCAAUAUUGAAAGACGUAUGGCAGGAUAUCCAUGGCUCGAGUCAUUUUUAAGGCGCAAUAAGGAUCUAGCAGUGAGAAAAUCCGAAGGUAUGUCAGC